AUGGGGACCCGCGGCGGGGGGCUCUACGUGGGGCGCAGGGCGGCGGCCGCGGGGGCCGCGCUGCUGCUGGCGCUGCUGGUGGCGCUGCUGGCGCUCGCCGCUCUCUACGGGCGCUGCCGGCAGGAGGCGGCGCCGCCGCCCUCGCCCCGCGCCCCCGGCCCCGCCGCCCCUCCGCCGCCCGCUCCUGCGGCCGGCUCCGUUCGCCGCCUGCCCCGCCACCUCCUGCCGCUCCACUACGACCUGGAGCUGUGGCCGCGGGUGCGGCCGGGCCAGGCCGGGCCCUUCGCCUUCACCGGGCAGGUGAACAUCACGGUGCGCUGCCUGCAGGACACGGACGCGGCGGUGCUGCACAGCGCCGGGCUGCGGAGCCGCGGGGCCGCCGCCGUGCGCGGGCCCCUGUCCGAGCCGGGUGCCGCCGUGGAGGUGGCGGGGCUGCGGCAGGAGGAGGCGGCCGAGGUGGCGGUGCUGGAGCUCCGCGGGCGGCUCCGCGCCGGGAGCCGCUACGUGCUGCAGCUGGGCUUCCAGGGCCGGCUGGAGGAGGACCUCGACGGGCUCUUCCUCACUCGCUACACCGACCGGGGGCAGAGCAGUAUGCUCAUUGCCUCCCAAAUGGAACCAACACAUGCCAGGAGAGUUUACCCAUGUUUUGAUGAACCUGCCAUGAAGGCCACAUUUAAUAUCAGAAUUAUCCAUGAUCCAAGCUAUGUGGCUCUUUCCAACAUGCCUGCUAUUGAUGUAUCUGAAGUGAAGGAUGAAAAUGGAAGCCUGUGGACAAUUACCACAUUUAACACUUCACUGAAAAUGUCAACUUACUUGACUGCUUUUGUGAUUUGUGAUUUUGAUUAUGUCAACAGAACUGAGCGGGGAAAUGAGAUACGUAUUUGGGCCCGGAAGGAGGCAAUUAAAAAUGGGUAUGUUGACUAUGCUUUAAAUAUCACAGGACCAAUGUUUUCAUUUCUGGAAGACAUACUUAAUGUCAGCUACCCUCUGCCAAAGACAGAUCUGGUCGCAUUGCCUGACUUUGGAGCAGGUGGUAUGGAAAACUGGGGGCUAAUGAUUUUCCAAGAAGCAUCAUUGAUGAACCUCCCAAGUGAUGAAUUCACAAACAGGAAGGCAAUGAUUGCCUUAAUUUUGUCGCAUGAACUAGGACACCAGUGGUUUGGAAAUCUGGUUACAAUGAACUGGUGGAAUGAUCUGUGGCUUAAAGAGGGCCUGGCAUCUUACUUUGAGUACCUGGGAGCUACCUUUGUUGAACCCAAGCUUUCACUGGAUAAAAUCUUUUAUGCUCAUGUUGUACAACCUGUCUUAAGGGAAGACAGUGAAAUAGCUCGAUCACUGUCAGAGAGUGAAGACAAGAUCAAAGGAUCAUUUUCUUUAAUGUCCCUUUUUGACAACAUUACAUACAGCAAGGGGGCUUCUAUAACCUGGAUGCUUUCUGGUUUCCUGACUGAAAAGUUGUUCAUCAGAGCACUUACUUCCUAUCUGAAAGAAUUUUCCUUCUCAAAUGCUAAUCAAGAUGAUCUGUGGACCCACAUCCAGAUGGUUGUAGAUGCACAGGAUGAAGUUCAGUUGCCAGCACCUGUAAAGCAAAUAAUGGAUUCCUGGACAUGCCAAAAUGGGUUUCCAGUUUUAACAUUAAAUCUAACUACUGGAACAAUCAGACAGGAGCAAUUUUUAAAUAAAAACAAUAGAAAGAGUACUGAUUCUUACAAUAACACCUGGAUUGUUCCUAUUUCUUGGAUGAGAAAUGGAUCAUCACAACCCUUAACCUGGCUAGAUAAAAGCAGCAAAAUGUUUCCUGAAAUGCAAGUAUCAGAGUCAGACUAUGACUGGAUCUUGAUAAAUGUAAAUUUAAGUGGAUACUACAGAGUGAACUAUGACCAAUUAAACUUGAAGAGAUUAGCACACUUGCUUGAAAAUGAUCCUAAGGCUAUUCCCACUGUCAGCAGGUUCCAGCUGAUAGAUGAUGUUUUUGCAUUGACAGACUUUGGAUAUGUUCCAAUUGAAACAGCACUUGAACUAACGAAAUACCUUGCCAGAGAGGAUGAACUCUUCAUAUGGAAUGUGGUAUUGUUAAACCUUAUACCUGAGAAUUUGGAAAGUACACUGAAGAACCAUGAAGUAUAUCCACUUUUAAAGAAAUACCUUUUAAAGAGAAUGUUGCCAAUAUACCAUUAUUAUGCAGGUUUUAUUCGUCAAAAUGUUGAUGCUUUGGAAGAUGACUAUUUUGCUCAAGUGUAUUUGGAAAAACUCUUGGCAACAGCAUGCUGGCUGGGCCUCCAAGACUGCUUGGACCUGUCAUCUGAACUGUAUGCUAAGUGGAGGGACAACCCUGACUACAAAAUCCCCUUUCUAAUUAGAAGAACAGUCUGCUGCUAUGGUGUUGCAGUGGGAAGUGAUAAAGAAUGGAAUUUUGCAUGGGAAAUGUACAACCAUACUGACUCCACUGAGGAAGAUGAAGACAUCCUUCUCUAUGCCAUGAGCUGUGCCAAAGAGUCAUGGUUACUUUACAGAUACUUGCAAUAUGGACUCAGUGACACAUUAUUUUCUUCCAAUUGUACUUCAGUCAUCAUCUCACAUGUAGUGACUAAAGAUAUUGGGCACCGUAUAGCCUGGGAAUUUGUUACAGAAAAUUGGCCACUUUUAAGUCAAGGAUAUGGGCAUGAAUUAUUGCAUGAUGUACUAAAAGCCAUGGGAAGAUUUGUCAAAACAGAUGUACAGAUCCAAGAGUUGCAGGUUUUUUAUAAUGCUACUUUGGAAGAGGAUGAGAGAGAGGCUAUUACUAUGCUACUGGAAUCUGCAAAACUUGAAAAUAUUGAAAGGAGAAAACUAUUAAUCAGAAUUGCCAGCUGGUUAGAGAAAAAUGUAGAUGAUUGACUUGGAAAACAAUUUCCAGUAUAUUAUAUGUGAUUCACUAUCAUAUUGGUAUUCAUUAUAAGCUGUAAUUAAAGGUAAAGCACAAUUUUAUGAGUCCUGUGGUUGUCUUCCCACUGGAAAAUCUGGGUAAAAUGAUUCACAAAGAAAUCAAGGAUUUAGGAAAAGAAGUUAUAAACAUAUUUUCAUCUUGUAUCUAAAAUAAUUUCCUCCUGAAUGAGGUUUUAGGGAUGCAUUGCUAAUAAUAAUCUAACAUAUAGGUACAGUCUUGAAUCCUUUGGGGGUUUUCUUCUGAAUAUUCAAAUGAAAGGUGUGCUGCAUAUUUGCGGCAAAAAAACAUAAGGAAGCUGAAAAAGUUUGUAUUCUAUUUUGUUUCAUUUGUACAGUGAUCUAUAACUUGUCUCCACUUCUGUGUUUCUAAAUUGCAAAGAGGACAAUAAUUUCUAACAGUUCUGUAAAACAUAAGCUUCAGAAUUACUUCAGACCUGUAGGGAGGAAAGGACUACAGAAUCCUCAAAUUGUAAUUUUAAUCAAGAAAUUAAUGCCUUGUAAUUUCAACUUUGCUUUUUUCUCAGCAGAUCUGUACUUAAUGUGUCUACAUUUGUGUUUGAUUAGGAACUGCUUUUGAAGAGAUCCUACUGGUCAUCUCUAUAUAGCAUGCUUCAGCCCCCAGAAUAGUCUUAGAGUGUGUGAACUGGAUUAUCUUUGGAUAAAAUUUAUCUAGGGGAUGAUGUAUGUGACAUUUGAGAGUCAUUUUGUCCAUGGCACUAAUGUGCAAAGUCUUGUCUAAGCUAACUCUUCUGGAACAUCACUGUUCUAAUUGCACUGAGGUGCUCACUGAUCAUGGAAUCGCUCGAAUAUGCUGAGUUAAAAGGGACCCAUCAGAAUCACAGACUCCAACUCCUCCGUAGAUGCAAGGUUACUUACCUUGAUUACACAGCACUUUGGAGGUGACAGGAAGAAUUCAGCCCAUUAGUAUUAGCAAACCAUAUUAACUUGUGCUUAAAAAACACCCAUGGGAUCUUCAGUCCAUGAAAAUAAUUUAUUUGUAGGGUAACAGUAUUGUGACAAAAUUACAGUACAGGUGAUCAGUUAACAUGUUAUAGAUCAGGAAACACUGUUACGUGGGAAUGCAGGAUACAAAAUAAAUUAGAAUACUGAUCUAUGAAAAGACAAGAAUAAGCUCCAGACAUGUUAAUACAAAGGAUUUUUCAUUGACGCCCUCUAAACACGUUUAGGAAAAAUGCUGCCAUGAUGACUGCACUGAAUUACCUCUGCUCUCCAUGGCUGCAAAGAAAACUUCAAACUAUUUUGAGACUGCCUGAGACACCCUUUACUGUGUGGGAGUUACCCAUAUGGACAACACAAGUUUGUGCUGAAAACAAUUGACCUCUUAGCAUUUGAUCCAGUUAAGGAUAAUACCAAAGAAAAUUGCAUGUAUUCUUGCAAGUCUUCUUCAACUUGACUGAGAAAGCAGGGGAAGUUGUCAAGGCUGUGGUGAACUACAGAGGUUUUAUCAUAGAAUCUUUAGGAUGGUUUGUAAGGAACCUUAAAGAUGAUGUAGUGUCCUGCCAUGGGACACCUUCCACCAGAUUGGGUUGUUCAAAGCCUGGCCUGGCCCUGCAGGGAUGGGAAGUUCCGCCUUCCUGGGGAACCUGUGCCAGUACUGAAGCUGUUUUGCUGUGAUUUCCACUAGUUAAUCACUGGCACCAUAUGUCUCAUCAUGUGUGUUAAGCAAAGCUCAAGAAACAUCCCAUAACUUCAGUGUACGCCUAGCAGGUUCAAACUAUUUCUCUCCAACCAUGCAACCACGCUGCCUUUCUAACCAAUCUUUCAUGCUUUUGUCACUUUUUUCUUCAUCCUACUGAACAAAACUUUUAAUUUGAACCAUCAAUGUGUAAAAACUACUAGAAUAAUUUAAAAUAAGAAGCUAUUUUUAAAAAAUGGCUGCUGACUAAAGUCUGACUCCCAGUGACAAUCUAUUUCAGAAUUUCAGCACAGUUUUCAUGGCAGAGGCAGAAUAGUGAAGGUGAUUGAUAGGUAAGCUGUCUGAGUAGGAGCAGAUCUGAGUCACUUUCAAAAUCCACACAUUUGCACAUGGUGGCAUGUAUCAGUGUCAGCUCUUGCUGCUGUUGAGUACAAGCUGUGUGCAGAGGUUUGGAGUGACAACUGAGAAAUACAGUAAGGAAAGAAGAGGUGCAUGGGAGGAAACCGGGAAAAGUUGGGGAACCUGCUUUAUUGCAGAGAGAAUUGGAGUGAAAGAAAGUUCAUUGGAAAUGAAUAGGAGGACAUCAGGAAAGGAGCUUUAAUAGUACUUUUGCAGACUGUGUAGGUGUUAUGGAGCAUGUAAUUGUGCAGGUGUGCACGUAUGGGGAAAUUUAAAAUAAAAAUAGCUGUGUGUCAUUGAUAGAUAGGAUGUAUUCAGUAGGCCCUGAGUGGGGGAAAGAAGUAGAUAUGAUGUGAAGAGACUGGCUUUUUGCUUUAAGUCCUGCUUUCUGCCUUGAGAGUGAGUAAGUCAUAAAGUUACACUUAUUCUGCCCAUACUAUAUGUAUGUGUGACAGGGGAGCAGACUUGUGAGAUGGCAAGAAUACACACAAGCCAAAUAGAGAGGGAGACUUCAGAGCUGCUUAAGCCAAGGUUCAAGAGCACCAGCCUACUUCUUCUCUGCACCUCCUGGCACAGUUGUCUUGCUUCGCCACUGGUGGCUGUGCCCCCUUUCCCUCCUGGCACCUCAAGAAACCUCCCAGGCAAGCGAGGAGGAGGCAGCUGGUUGUGGGACCUGGGUGGCCAAGGCACAAACCCCACGCCAUCUGGCUGCACUGAUGGCACAUUGAUGGGAUGGGUGUAGCAGCCUGUGGCUUGUUUCAGUAAAAGGGGAUGUAGGCUAAAAUGCUAAAAAAUGAACUGAGUUCAUGUGGCCUUGCCACAUUCCUGCUGUGCAGUGACUCACAAAAGAUAAAAAGAGAUAUAAUCUCUGCAUCCCCUGGCUCAGAGGUGCAGGGGCUCCUCCAGAGCCUGGUGUGAUAUAUGGACCCAGCCUCUUGGCCAAACUAAUGGUACUUUGGUUCAGACACCAAAGGAAGCAAAGGUCUAGACCACAACCAGGUUAAAACUUCUCUAGUUCCAACUUGUUCUCUGGUAGCCUAUGCAGGAAACCAGUGGCAUGGUAAGCAUUAAUGCUAUAAACUUAGAAACUGGAACUGGAACUACGUGAUUAACACAGGAACAGCAGACUCAUUUGUCAAGGAACAAAGGGGGUUGUGGGUACCAGGAGUCUCACCUUCACCUUUUCCAUCACUUGUAAUUUGACUGUGAGCCAACUGCUUUAUCCCGUAAAUAAGACAGCCUACGUGAGCCUUCUCUGAGCUCUCUGCCUGCUCUCUUCUGUUUGCCUUGUUAUACAUACUAAGUAAAGAACUAUUAUCCCUAUCCUCAUCUCUUUGCCUGAGAGCCUCUUAAUUUCAAAAUUAGAACAAUUUGGAGGGCCGGGGUUUACAUUCUCCAUUCCAAGGGAGA